AUGCAGAGUGCAUAUCCACUUGUUUCCUUCUCAUCAUCCUUAUUUUUCUCCCCUAAAAGCUAUCGCAGGCACAUGAAGCCAAAGAAUUCGACAGGCAUCCCAGAAUUCCUCCUUCUGGGCCUUUCUGAGGAUCCAGAACUGCAGCCCCUACUCUUUGGCUUGUUCCUGUCAACAUACCUGAUCACAGUGUGUGGGAACCUGUUCAUCAUCCUGGCUGUCAGCUCUGACCCCCACCUCCAUAUCCCCAUGUACUUCUUCCUCUCCAACCUGUCCUUAGCUGACAUUGGGUUCGUCUCCACCACAGUCCCAAAGAUGCUGGUGAACAUCCAGACACAGAGCAAAUCUAUCACUUAUGAGGAAUGUCUGACACAAGGGUACUUUUAUUCUCUCUUUGCAUGUCUGGACAGUAUGUUCCUUACUGUGAUGGCUUAUGAUAGGUUUGUGGCCAUCUGUCACCCACUUCACUACACAGUUAUCAUUGGCCCCAGACUCUGUGGUUUGUUAGUUUUUGUAUCUUUUCUUAUCAGCCUUCUGGACUCUCAGGUGCACAUUUCAAUGGUGUCACAACUGACAUUCUGCACAGAUGUGGAAGUCCCUGGCUUCUUCUGUGACCCUCUUCAACUCUUUUACCUUGCUUGUUCUAACACCGCCAUCAUUAACAUAUUAGUUUAUUGUACUGGUGCCAUCUUUGCUGGUAUUCCAGUCUUUGGGAUCAUUUUCUCUUAUGUUCGAAUUAUUUCCUCCAUUCUGAGAAUCUCUUCUUCAGGUGGGAGAUAUAAGGCCUUUUCUACCUGUGGCUCUCACCUCUCAGUUGUAUGUUUAUUUUAUGGAACAUCAAUUGGAGUGUACCUCAGUUCGGCUGUCUUAUCUUCUGCCAAGAAGGUUGCAGUGGCAUCAGUGGUAUACACUCUGGUUACCCCAAUGCUGAACCCUUACAUCUACAGCCUGAGGAACAAGGACAUUAAAAGAGCCCUGAAGAGGCUCCUCCGCAGAGCAGCCUAA